AUGGGUUCUGUGUCGCUGAAAAUAGGCGACGGAACUGCUAGAUUUAGAAGAGCAACAGUGUGUUCCUCCGCAGUUAACAUUCUCAUGAUCUUCUCCGUCGUCACCACCAACCUCUUCGCCCUCUAUGCCUUCUCUUCUUCCCCAAAAGACCUUCAGACCCACCACCUUCUUCACAAAAAUUUAUCCCUCAUCUCCGAACAGGUCACCCUCAUUCUCCGAGAGAUCGAUUUGUCGCAAAAAAAACUUGCCCAGAUAGAAAAAGACCUCCUCGGCUACGAAAGCAUUGACCUUUCCCGACCCAACAUCGCCAACGAACUCAAACUCUUUCUCCACCGCCACCACCUUCCUCUGGGCAAAGACUCCAAAACCGGAAUCACCGAAAUGGUCUCAUCUGUGGGCCACUCCUGCGACAAAUCCUCGGACUUGUUGUCUCAGUACAUGAGUUACAAGGUUUCUGGACCCUGCCCCAAUGAUUGGAGUGUGGCACAGAAACUCGUUUUGAGAGGGUGUGAGCCUUUACCGAGAAGAAGGUGUUUUGCUAAAACUAUUUCUAAGGUGGGUCUUCUACACCCUUUUCCCACCUCGCUUUGGAAACCUGCAGUUAACAACACUGUUAACUGGAGUGGUUUAGGUUGCAAGAAUUUUGAGUGUUUGAAGGGUAAGAAGUUGAGUAGAGAUUGCAUUGGUUGCUUUGAUUUGGCUAAUGGGUAUGAGAAUCAGAGGUUUGUGAAGUCUAGGAGUAAGAAUGAUUUUCUAGUUGAUGAUGUGUUAACUUUGGGGAGUGGUGGAAUUAGGACAGGGCUUGAUGUUGGAGGUGGGUCUGGGUCCUUUGGUGCUGUUAUGGCUGAGAGGAAUGUUACUGUGGUUACUACCACUUUGAAUGUUGGUGCUCCGUUCAGUGAAUUCAUUGCUGCCAGAGGACUUUUCCCUCUUUUCCUGAGUUUGGAUCAUAGGUUCCCGUUUUAUGACAAUGUGUUUGAUUUGGUACGUGCUGCGAGUGGUUUGGAUGGUGGGGGAAGGCAAGAAAAGUUGGAGUUUUUUAUGUUUGAUAUUGAUCGUGCUUUGCGGGCUGGUGGCUUGUUUUGGUUGGAUAACUUCUACUGUGUUGAUGAAGAGAAGAAAAGGGUGUUAACUAGGUUGAUUGAACGGUUUGGGUACAAAAAGCUGAAGUGGGUUGUGGGAGAAAAGGUUGAUAGUCUUGGAUCAGGGAUGUCACUGGCUGUGUUAUCAGCUGUGCUUCAAAAGCCUGUGAGAGUUUAA